AGAGAGAUAGAGCAUUUGAUCAAAGACUCAUCAAGAAUGAACAACGAAGAAAGUAUUAAAAAUGAAAAGGACGAGUUGGAUGAAAACUUGGAUCAAGAGACAGGAACACCAUGGAAGGAACUGGAUACUAAAGGAAAAGUUUUAAGGGUUUUAAUGACAAUUGGCCGUAUAAUAUGUGUAUUUGGUUUAUUGUAUUUCUUCGUAUGCUCAAUAGAUAUAAUGAGUUCAGCUUUUCAAUUAAUUGGAGGUAGAGCUGCUGGAUCAGCCUUUAGAAACAGUAAAAUUUUAAGUAAUCCGGUUUGUGGUUUAAUGAUUGGAGUAAUUGUAACCGCCCUAUUACAAAGUUCAUCUACAACUACCUCAAUUAUUGUAGCUAUGGUUUCCUCUAAUCGUAAUUAUGACGGUUCGCAUUGGUAUCCCUAUAGUGAUGGGUGCGAAUAUUGGAACAGGGCUUUCGCGGCAGCUAUAGUACACGAUAUGUUUAAUUGGUUAGCUGUAAUUAUUCUACUUCCGAUUGAAGCCAUUGCACAUCCUUUGGAAAGGCUAACUUAUCUUAUGGUUAAGAAUAUUAAAUCUCCACCUCCAACUGCAGCGCCAAAAUUUCUUAAAGUUAUCACAUCUCCUUUAACUGAUAAGAUAGUACAAAUUGAUAGGCAAAUUGUUGAGUUCAUUGCAAGCAAAGGAAACGUCACUGCAGAAUUUAAUAAAAGAUGGCCCUUAUUGAAAUAUUGGUGUGAUAAAGAUAUUCCCAGCAUUACUAACUGUACAGUUAUACCAACCAAUGAGGUUGACUCAUUUAAAAAUCGUUUAAGUGAUAUUCAAUGGGCUUUUGAUUACAAAGAGAAUAUGAGUUGUUCUCAACUUUAUCAAGCUGGUAUUUUUAGGAGAAACUCCUCUUCGACAUCUAUAGAAUGGAAAAUAGUUAAUGAAACAAUCGCACAGAAAUGUAAAUAUCUCUUCCACGGACAAGGUAUAAAAGGAUCAAAAUUGAAUGAAGGUGCUUCUGGAGCAAUCUUAUUGGCAUGCUCUUUACUAGUUCUUUGCGUGUGUUUGGUUUUGAUGGUUAAGACUCUUAGUGCUCUGAUGAAAGGUCCUCUUGCAGGCGCUAUAAAGAAGACAAUAAAUGCUGAAUUUCCAGGAAAAUUUGCCUUCUUGACUGGAUAUUUAGCUAUUCUCAUAGGAGCUGGUUUAACUGUUUUGGUUCAAAGCUCUUCAGUUUUUACUUCUAUGUUAACACCUUUAGUAGGACUAGGGAUAGUUCAUUUGGAAAGAGUCUAUCCCCUAGAACUCGGAGCUAAUAUCGGGACAACGGGUACAGCGAUUCUUGCCGCUCUUGCAUCCACAAACGUACAAAGAUCUAUGCAUAUAGCUCUAAGUCACUGCUUUUUUAAUAUAUUCGGGUUACUUCUGUUUUAUCCUAUACCUGUUACACGGAAAAUUCCAAUUGGAAUGGCAAGGUAUUUAGGAGAUGUAACUGCUGAGUACCGUUGGUUUGCAAUUUUCUACUUAAUAUUGGUUUUCCUCAUAAUUCCCGGUAUUGUAUUCGGAUUAUCGAUUCCAGGAUGGUACGUGUUGUUGGCUGUUGGCGGUCCAGUUGUUAUUUUCAUAAUUGCUCUCAUUGUUAUAAAUAUUCUGCAACGAAAGAGACCGCAAGCGUUACCUGAAAAAUUAAGGAGUUGGGAUUUCCUUCCCAAACCACUCAGAUCAUUAGAGCCGUAUGAUCGAUUAGUAUUUAGAAGUUGUAAUUGUGCUUGCUGCAAAAAGAAUGACAAAGUCGAAGAUUUAGAAACAGCCAAUUCAAAAUCAGAAGUUGAACUUAAGAAACCGAUAUCAACAAUAUCUAACGGUGUACAUCCAACAAGUAACGGAAUACGAAAUGAUGUGUUGCAAAUAACAAUGGAUAAUAGCAAUAAAAGUAUUAGCAAACCAGAUAUCAAAAUUCAAAUCGAUGAAGAUGUUUGGAAUUCCGUAAAUGAAAACUUGAAUACAGAUGUAAAAUGGAGUGGACGAACUGCUGGUUCAGCUCUAAGAAAUAAUAAGAUAUUGUCUAAUCCCGCCUGCGGUCUCGUAAUAGGCGUUCUCGUUACGGUUUUAGUUCAGAGUUCAUCAACAUCCACCUCUUUGAUGGUCGCUAUGGUAUCAGCGGGAAUAAUUUCAGUUAGGAUGUCUGUUCCUAUGAUAAUGGGGGCAAAUAUAGGUACAUCGGUGACAAACACAAUUGUUUCCCUCGCUCAAUCGGCAGACCGAAAUCAAUUUCGGAGAGCCUUUGCCGCUGCUACUGUCCACGAUAUGUUCAACUGGUUGUGCGUACUUAUUCUUUUACCUAUCGAAGCUGUUGGUCAUCCUUUAGAACGUUUAACCAGUAUUAUUGUUAAGAAAAUUGACAGAUCCUCUGAUUCAUCAAGCCCGAAAUUUUUAAAAGUCAUUACUUCACCCUUCACUGACAAAAUUGUACAGAUUGAUAAAAAGAUUAUCGAAUAUAUUGCCAAGAAGGACGAUCCAGUAGCAGAAUUUAAUAAACGAUGGCCUUUAUUAAAGUAUUGGUGUGAUAAAAAUAUUCCUACUAUCUUUAACUUUAGAGUUCUCCCAAAUUCCAACGUUGACGCAUUUCGAACAAAUCUGACAAAUAUUCUUUGGGCAAGAGAUUAUAAACCUUAUCCUCUUAGUGAUAAUGUACAAACUAAUGUAACUUGGAAUAUUGUUGAUGAGGCUAAAGCGAAAAAAUGUUCAUAUUUAUUCCAUGGUCAAGGCAUACCAGGAGCUCGUCUCUCAGAAAUUGUUUGUGGUAUCAUUUUACUAAUUUGCUCCUUAUUCGUCCUUUGUACGUGCUUAGUCUUGCUGGUUAAAACUUUAAGUUCACUAAUGAACGGGCCACUAGCUAGUGUCGUUAAGAAAACUAUAAAUGCUGAAUUUCCUGGUAAAUUUGCUUUCCUCACUGGCUAUUUAGCAAUUUUAGUCGGAGCUGGAAUGACAAUUUUAGUUCAAAGUUCAUCAGUUUUUACCUCCAUGCUUACACCUUUGGUUGGGAUGGGAGUUGUUCAACUUGAGAGAGUUUAUCCUUUAACUUUGGGAAGUAAUAUUGGUACUACUGCAACAGGUAUACUAGCUGCGCUGACGUCUUCCAAUGUUAAGAAUACGAUGCAAUUAGCGCUAUGCCAUUUAUUCUUCAACAUUAUAGGACUGGCGUUAUUCUAUCCUGUUCCAUUUACAAGAAAGAUUCCCAUAGGUUUAGCAAAAAAGUUGGGUAACACAACAGCCCAAUAUAGAUGGUUUGCUAUUGCCUAUUUAAUUCUCUUGUUCUUUAUUCUACCUCUCGUAGUCCUUGGACUAUCCGUUUUGGGCUGGUACGUUCUACUUGGAGUUGGGGGCCCUAUAUUUCUUUUUGUGAUCUUUGUGAUUGUUGUUAAUAUUCUUCAAGAUAAACAAUCAAAAAUUCUUCCAAAAAUACUUCAAAAUUGGAAUUUCCUACCAAAACCACUAAGAUCUCUAGAACCGUAUGAUAGAGUGCUGAUGAAGAUAUCGAAAUUGUUUCAAGAAAGUUGCUGUUGUGAACGAUGCGGUAACAAUAAAAUAACAAACUUCAAGAAAAAUAAAAUCUUGCCAUCUACAUAA